UUUGCCCAAUGCGUCUCCCGCCCACAAACUCGUUUGAACUCUGUAUCUCUCUGACACUCCCUCUUUCUCUACCUCUCUCUGUCUUGUCCAGAGAAUUAACUCCAAAUUUCAAUCUAAAUACCGAUAAAGCUACAUGGGUUCGAGAGCAGGUGGAAAUGGAAUUGAUUUAUGGUCAGAAAUCAUUGCUGAAGAGCAGGAAUACAUCGAUCAAUUACAAGAACAGAAGAUUGAAGUGAUUUACCGAAGGAGACGACCCCAGAAAACCCCUCCUGAUGUCAAUUCGGAGAAGUUGGAAUCAAAUAAAGAGAAUAGGGUGAGUUUGGCUGCUGCCACCAAGCGGGUCAGUUGGAAUCGUUCGCUUUCCAUCAGAGGGAGAGUAAGCAUUGCUAUUGCUGCUUGUGUGGACAAUAGACCUAAACAAAAGCAGGGCAAAAGGAAGGGCAAGCCGCCUGUUCCAAAAGGAAAGGUUGUACAGCCUCCAAACUUUGACAAAGAAAAGGAAUACUUUCAAGAAGUUGAUGCUUUUGAGUUGCUGGAGGAGAGCCCCUCACCCAAAAACAUUGGUACAUGGGCCACUGGCAAUGGAACUGAUACUUCAUCUAUACCAUAUUUGUCUUCAAGAUUAGAGAAAUGGUUAAUUUCGAAGAAGCUGAACUUCAGUGCUGCACCUUCUACUACUCUAUCGAAGUUACUAGAAACUCCAGCCAUGCCCUUGGAAACCAUUUACGAUAAUGAUUUCAGUGCUGCACAUUUGAAAACCCCUGAAAAGUCCUCUUCGAAGAUCAAUUCAAGUCUGCAUUCUGUCCACAGCAGAAUUAAUGCAUAUUUAUGCAGUAAAUGUGUGCCUGAAAUGAAAUCUGAUUCACAAAUGAUCAGCACUAUGUUGCGAAGUACCGAUGAUGAGGGUUUUAAGGACAUUGAAGCUGCAGUUAAGAAACUCUCUUUAGCGUCAACAUCUACUUCAGUGGAUCAUGACUAUGUGGAUCCAUUUUCUUCACUUUUGGUGGUAUGUGGACAGACGGUUCCAUCAACUUUGCUGGACGUGUUCUCCAAAUAUUGUGACGCAGAAAGGAUUACCAAAGUGGGAGAAGGUACAUAUGGCGAAGCCUUCAAAGCUGGAAAUACUGUUUGUAAAAUAGUUCCAAUUGAUGGAGACCUGAAAGUAAAUGGGGAAGUACAAAAGAAAUCAGAAGAACUUCUUGAGGAGGUUGUGCUUUCUAAGACCCUUAAUCUUCUAAGACAGCAUGAUGGCGAUGCCCACAAUGCAAGCACCACAUUCAUUGAGACCUUGGAUCUAAAGGUGUGCCAGGGUCCUUAUGAUAAUGCAUUAAUUAAAGCAUGGGAAGAUUGGGAUGACAAAAAUGGUUCAGAAAAUGAUCAUCCUGGAGAGUUUCCAGAGAAACAGCGGUAUGUUGUGUUUGUACUACAACAUGGCGGUAAGGACCUUGAAAGCUUUGUUCUAUCAAACUUUGAUGAGGCACGGAGUUUAUUAGUUCAGGUUACAGCUGCCUUAGCUGUUGCAGAAGCUGCUUUUGAAUUUGAACAUCGGGACCUCCACUGGGGAAACAUUCUGUUAUCUCGAAGUGACUCUACUACAAUCCAAUUUAUCCUUGAGGGAAAGCGUAUUCUUGUCAGAACAUAUGGAUUAUUGAUAUCAAUAAUUGAUUUCACUCUGUCAAGAAUCAAUACUGGUGAAGAUAUACUCUUUCUGGAUUUAUCCUCGGAUCCUUACCUCUUUAAAGGUCCAAAGGGUGAUAAACAAGCAGAAACAUAUAGAAAGAUGAGGGAGGUAACAGAAGAUUUUUGGGAAGGAAGUUUCCCCAGAACAAACGUGUUAUGGCUGCUGUAUUUGGUGGAUAUAUUACUUCUGAAGAAAUCAUUUGAACGUUCCUCAAAAAAUGAGAGAGAGUUGCGCUCUCUGAAGAAGCGCUUGGACAAGUACAACUCAGCCAAAGAAGCUAUUUUUGAUCCUUUCUUCAGUGACUUGCUUGUGUCAUGUGAAUGAAAAGAAGAGAACAGAGCUUGGACUAGGAAAGAAAACAACUUAUUUCUUUUACUAUUCUAGAGCUUAGGGUGGAUAAUUAUGCAAAUGUUAAUACAUGCUAACAUAUAUCACAGUUUUGUGAUACGGGGCAUAAGUAGCCAUGACUGUUAAUAGAUCCUAACUUAUAUUACACCCACAGAACCUCUCUGCCUACGGUAAUUUUAAUCUGCCAUGACUGUUAAUGGAUUCCAACUUAUGUUGCAUACGGAUUUUAAUCUGCCAUGAAUGUUAAUGGAUGUAACCUAUAUCACAUGGACAAA